GCGAUAGUUUCUUAACAAUUUUUAGCACGAAUAACUUGCCUUUGACGUACACUGCUUACAACUGCGGAGUUGCCCCCACUAGAAUAAGAGGUAGCUGUAAAAGACUUGUAAAAUGGGAGGACAGACGGAGGUUAAGAAGGAAGAAGGGGAAGUAUCUCUGCAAAACAUUCUAGAACAAGAAUUACAAGAAAACGACGCACUUCAAGUGCCACCAAUAAAUCCAGAGCAAAUCGAUGUACCUCAACAAUUUGAUCCACAACAGCAGCAAGAAAACGAACCACUUCAAGCUUUGCAGAUAGAUCCAGAGCCUGAGGUAGCAGAACAACCAGAGGGAAUUCCCCAAGCUAUGCAAGAAGGUCCAGAGGAGGAGGCAGAACAUGAGGAAGGAAUUUCUCAGGAUUUUCAAGGGGAUCCAGAACCUGAGGUAGAACCACAAGGGGAAGAAGUUCUCCAGGUUUUGCAAGGAGGUCCUGAGACUGAAGCAGGAGAACAAGAGGAAUUAUUUAACCAGGCUUUGCAAAUAGGUCCAGAACUUGAAGUAGAAGAGGGAGUCCUUGCUUUGCAAGGCUAUCCAGAGCCUGAGGUUGGAGAACAAGAGCAAGGAGCCCCACGGAUUUUGCAAGCAUAUUCAGAGUCUGAGGUAGAACAACAAGAGGAAAGAGAUCCCCAGGCUUUGCAAAGACAUCCAGAGCCUGAAGUAGGAAAACGAGAGGAGAAAAGAGGUCCAGAAGCUGAAGUAGAACAAGAAAGAGCUUCUCAUGUUUUUCAGGAUUCGAGAAGAGAAAUUUUACACCAAAUGCCGCAUCAUAGCAUUAUGCUUAUGGCUUCUGAGCUUUAUCGAUCAUCAAGGGAAGAAGCCAAUAGAGAAAUUUUACAGCAAAUUUCGCAACAUAUUGUACCUAUGGCAUUUGAACUUCUUCGAGCAUCAUGGGAAGAAGCCAGAAGGGAAAUUCUACAGCAAAAUUCGCAACAUAAUGUUGUGCCUAUGGCGUUUGAAUUUCUUCGACCAUCAUGGGAAGAAGCUAGAAGGGAAAUUUUAUCUUUAAACUACGAACAAGCAGAAAUUAGAAUUGCAAAUAUCAUGCCUAUUGAUGUGAUUGACAUUGCAAGACAAGAGUUAAACGCUUAUCAGAGAAAUCAGACAGUAUUGUUAGAAUACAUUUUGAGACUAAUAUUUAGAGUGCAAUUUGGAACAUUGACCCAUUUUUCGCCUAUGGAAGCUCCACCACCAUUGUUAGCACUGGAAGCUCCACCACCAUUGUUAGCACUGGAAGCUCCACCACCAUUGUUAGCACUGGAAGCUCCACCACCAUUGUUAGCACUGGAAGCUCCACCACCAUUGUUAGCACUGGAAGCUCCACCACCAUUGUUAGCACUGGAAGCUCCACCACCGUUGCUAGCUCUGGAAGCUCCACCACCGUUGCUAGCUCUGGAGGUUCCGCUAUCGUUGCUAGCUUUGGAGGCUCCGUUACAGUUAUUGGCCUUGCAUAGGCAAUCCCUUUUAUCGUUUUCGGAGGGAUUCUUUUUAUCAGUUCUUGAUGUUCGAUCCCUUUUGCCAACCUCGGAUGUGCGAUCCCUUUUGCCGACCCCGGAUGUGCGAUCCCUUUUGCCGACCCCGGAUGUGCGAUCCCUUUUGCCGACCCCGGAUGUGCGAUCCCUUUUGCCGACCCCGGAUGUGCGAUCCCUUUUGCCGACCCCGGAUGUGCGAUCCCUGUUGCCGACCCCGGAUGUGCGAUCCCUGUUGCCGACCCCGGAUGUGCGAUCCCUGUUGCCGACCCCGGAUGUGCGAUCCCUGUUGCCGACCCCGGAUGUGCGAUCCCUGUUGCCGACCCCGGAUGUGCGAUCCCUGUUGCCGACCCCGGAUGUGCGAUCCCUGUUGCCGACCCCGGAUGUGCGAUCCCUGUUGUCGACUCCGGAUGUGCGAUCCCUGUUGUCGACUCCGGAUGUGCGAUCCCUGUUGUCGACUCCGGAUGUGCGAUCCCUGUUGUCGACUCCGGAUGUGCGAUCCCUGUUGUCGACUCCGGAUGUGCGAUCCCUGUUGUCGACUCCGGAUGUGCGAUCCCUGUUGUCGACUCCGGAUGUGCGAUCCCUGUUGUCGACUCCGGAUAAAAAGGGUAGAUCUACAAGAGCCAUCAGAGUUUGUAUCGGUGCGGGGACGGGAACCAGCCGAGGCGCUUGCUGUGCGGCCUAA